AUGCGGAGGGGUCCGUCCCUUGGAGGCGCGGGUGUGGGUGUGCGUCUGUGGGUGCCGGCCUCCUGUGGGCGGGCCCGUGACCGGCGGAGCGGUGGACGGCUCGGGCGGAAAUUUGAACGGAAUCUCAAUGAGUGCCACCGGCGGCUCCGAGACAUGGAGAAGAUGAUCGUCGGCUUCCUCCUCUUCAUGUCCCCGGCUUUCCCCGUCGGGCCGUCGCGGAUGGAGCUGCAAGCCGAGGCUAAAGAAUUAUGUUUUGGAGUGAACAACGAGCCUUACUGGUGUGAGACAGGAUACUGCUGUGGGGAGACGGAGUGCUGCACCUAUUAUUACGAACUAUGGUGGUUCUGGCUGGUCUGGACUAUCAUUAUUAUGCUUAGUUGUUGUUGUGCGUAUCGACACCGACGUGUAAAACUACGGUUGCAACAGGAGCAACGUCAGAGGGAAAUCAGCUUGAUGGCCUACCAGGGCGCUAGUACCUACACAACACAGCCACUGGAUUUAAGAUUCUGGACAAACUGUAAGCUCCCAGAUUACGAGGAAGUGGCAGGGCACCCACCAACACCCCCACCUCCUUAUACUGAACUACAGCAGCAGAAUGCACAGACCUCUACCCAUGAAAAUGUGCUUGUCGAGAGCCAGCCUGCUUUACAGGAGUCUGUAAACUCACUUGCAUCAGAGGCAGCAACACAAGCAGCAGAAUCUAACUCAUCCACUCAUGAACAGGAGGAUAACCAGGUGUCUGAUGACCCCACAGAGGUAUCGCCCACUUAUCCAGCUGACAGAGAAAAUGGUGACAUUACUCAAGCGGAGGAAUCUGCUGCACUCUCGGCCUCCGAUUUUAAAAUGUUGGAUACGGAUUCUGACCUAUGCGAUCAAGGGGAAGGGAAGGAAGAAAGCUCAAGGCAUAGGCGGAUCACAGGAGACUCUGGCAUUGAGGUGUGCGUGUGCCAGUUGGAUGAGGACUCUUACCAUGAAGAAGUGGGCUUGAUGGGUGGUGGUAGCGCCUCUGAAUGUUGCGAGUCCCCGUCGUCUUGUAGCUCUCACCUUCACACAGAGCAGCUCUCCAAGCAGGCUGCUAAUACGCACCCUCAACUGCAUACUGCUAAAGAACAAGAGGAGGAUGGUGACAUUGUGUAGCAUGUGCCACUGCUCCUGGUACGCAAGAGUGAAACACACAGAUGGUGCAAUCCAUGACUGCUGACUGUUCAGCAUUAAUUCUGGACUUAUCCACAACGUUUUCCAUAAGGUGCCUGAAAUACAUCAGGUGUAAGAUGCAGGUUGUAGUCUAUAGAUGUAGUAGUUUGGAUCUGUCCAGGGUUUCACAAUCAGAGUUGCCUACUCAAGCCAGAUUUUCUUCUAGCCUUCUCUAAAAAUUGACUGUAGCACUAUAUACUGCUUUGGUAAUUUUCAAGUCUUUGUCUUCAGAACCUCUUGUAUUGAAAACAUUUGACUUUCUUUUUUAAAAAAGGGAGUGGGAAACAAAGUUUUUCCAAAAAGAAACCAUCUCCUGAGAAUAUGCCAUUUUGAGUAGGACAGUAUGGGCCUGUGGUCCAGCCCUCCAUCAGUACUGUUGUGCAGGUUGCUUUAGUUAAUGGCAUCACUCUUUUUACCUCCUCUUGGUCAUAUGCCACAUAUACUUGGAGCUCCUCACAGAAAGGCCGGCCAAGGAUUAACAGAUCAGCAUGUGGUGACUCUAUGCCUGUGGUGCAGCACAUGGACUCAUUACUGCCACAUGCCUCCAGGGCAUACUCUUCACUUUGUUAAUUUAUUAGCAGUGGACCUGUUGGAUGCAACGUGUUGAGAUGGGCGUUUAGUUUUCACAUGUUAUGUUGUCUAAACUGCACUAAUGCAUCAAAUAUUUCUAAAUACAAGUUUACUUUUUUUAAAGUUUAAUUUAGAUUUGGGCCUACCAACUAUUAUUUCUGUGGUACUGUUGGUAGAAGUUUAACUGAAAAACUUUUUACCAAUGAAUGUUUGUGUACAAGUGAAAUACAAAGCCUUUAUAUUCAUGUUAAAUAUAGCACCCACAGCAAAAAAAACCAAACCCAAAGGCAUUCACUUAUAGGAUACUAAUACUGUUUGUACAAGAAAAUAGAUAAUGUGAGAUGUGCAGUUUUUCUGCCCAGUUGAAAUAAGCUUGCAGUUCUGAAGGGUCACUGGAUUCGAAAUGUUUUCUCUCCACAGAUGCUGUCAGACCGCUGAGUUUAUCUAACACAUUCUGUUGUUGUAAUGCUUGGGCAAUGGUUAGUGCAUUUUCAGCUGUAGGGGAAAAUACUGCUAGGUACAGGACUAAUACAUAUUGGUGCCAAGUUUAAGUGUGUUGGGUUAAACAUGUUGCUCUUCUCCUCUUGUUGACUGGACAAUCUAUAUUUCUGCAGUUCACUUUAAAGCUACGUGUUGAGUACAGUGUUGUACAAUAAUAUACAACCUUAAGUACCUCUAAUUAAUCAGCUUCAGUGUCAAGGAAAAGACAAUAAUUCUAGAGUCAGCUAUUGCAUAUGAGCAAGGAAGAAAAUAGUUUUGUAACAGAAAUGCUGCAGCACACUGGGGGUGAAAUUGGUGUAUAGGACUGUCUAGUGGCUGUUGUUCAACAACCAUCCUUAUUUGUUUUGCUAGACCUAUAUUCCAAACACUCUCCAAAACCAUGGAGGAAAGCAUCAUGAGCCACAAUAAAACUGCUGCUAAAAAUCACUACAAAAAAACUCGAGGGAGCUAGAUUAAAAAUUAAGCAAGGAGUCAAGAAAUGUAUUCUGAAUUGGACUGAAACUGGAGUCAAAUGGUUCUGCGUUUCAUAAAACUUUGGGUGAGCAUGAAGGAAAAAUGUACAACCAGUGCCUUGCAAAGAACGGGACUGAGCAGGUGAUUUUUUUUUAAAAAAGACAUUUUUGCAAGGUACAAGUAGUGCAAAUGUCUGUUGAUUAAAGUGGAAUGUGAGGUGUUGCAUUACAUGCUUUCAAUGUGAAAUCUGAACUCAUUGAAUGAUAGUCUGGAUAAUUUAGGUAGAAUACUCACCACAUCAGGCCACCGUCAUAGAUUCAGAGAGUGUUUAUUACAAACACUUGAGAAUGAAAGUCGGCCACACUUAAUCCUCUUAGUAUCAAUUUUGAGUGAGAACAAAGAAUUAAAGACUUGUGCUCCGCUUUACAGAAGCAAAUGUCACAAGCCACAAUAUUGUGAAAGGAAAGAGCAGCUCCCAAAAAAAAAACCUUCAAGUGAACAAAUAGAAAUAGAGCAACUAGAGAGUUUUGUAUACUUUCCCUAACAUCAGAUAAAGUUAGGCUUAUGAUAACAACUGUUAAAAACCUUUACUUACAAUGUACAAAGAGGUUUGUGGCAAAACCAAGCUGAUGGUAAGCAAAAUAUUUAAAAUUCCAGUAUGAAACUCCCCCUUCAACCACAAAGCCAAGUAGUGAUGACUGAAGGCCUUUGAAUUCUGAUAUUAUAGAUAUGUGGGAAAACAAGCAAGUAAGAAAGCCUGAUCCUUGAAUUAACACGAGAGAACUGAAAAGGUUGCUUCAGAUGAGAAAGACAGCACAUUCAAUUAGAAAUCGGAAAGAAAGUUGUUUUCUCCUCCAGUGACAUGUAAAGAACAACGUGCUUAGAUGUUGAGUUGGAAAAGAGAGUUUAGCUCCAGAUUCCUCUUUGAAUCUAUGAGCAGAUCUGGAAACAUAUGGAGCUGUUGGGACAGAAACCUAGAGGGCAAAGGAAAGAGAAAACAGAUAUUCAGAUCCUCAGACAAUGUCUUUUUAAGUAGAUAAUCAGGUAUCCUUUUAAAAUAUUAGCUUGAGGAAGAUUGUCAUUUUUUUUGCAGUAGUGGAAUGCAGUUAUAUUUUGAUGCCUUUUUAAUAAGAAACAUUUUAAUUUUGUAAUACUUUGAUAGACAAUGCAUGUUCAAAGGUUGAUGAAAUUUCAUUGUACAAUCUCAGUUACAGUGCUGAAGUCUUUCAUAUAUAAAAUAAAAACAAGUUAUUUGCUGUUUUGGAUUAUGA